GUUAUUGUUUAUAGUAGCAAAAGCUACAGCUGGAAUUGGGGCUUUUUGUGGCAAUUUCGACCCAAGGGAAAGAAUUUGGUAUGCCACGGAACAAUCAAGAAAGAAAUUUACCUUGACAACCAGCGCCUACAUAAGUUGCAUAAUGUUCUUAUGGGUCAAGGUCGUCAAAUUCUGGGUUUCCGAGGGAGGCGAGAACCACCCUGAUUUUUACUCCACGUACGGAUUUAUUUGCUUAACCAGUCUAAAUGUUUGGAUGAUUCUUAAUUUCUGCAUCCACCAAGAUGAUAUUUUGAUUAGUGCAAAUCGAAUCCUCCACUACUUUCCCAAUUUCACAAAAAAAUGGAUGCGAAAAUCAAGAGCAUCUAUGAAGGAUAUUUUGAAGUAUUCGCAAAGGAUGGACAAGCACGUCUUCCUUCAAGUCUCCAUAAUGCUGAUUCUUCCCAUCUCUCCGACAACAUUCGUCAUUUCGUCACCGGAUCAUCCCCUCGCGCCGAAACAACUUCUUCCGCAAAAAUUCGGAAUAAACGUGCAUCUUCUUCCAUCCAUGGCGUGCAUAAUGAUGGUGGCGUGGGCAGCUAUGGUUUCCUGGUAUGCAAUGAUGUUAUUCGUCGUAUUUGGAACACUUUACAUGAUUCCGAUUACAGUCGUGAUGCAGGAAUUUGAUGCAAGUGUGAUCACCCAUCACGCACUUUCUGCUUUGAGAACACCUCCAAAUCUGAUGCGUGAAUACGUAAAUUUGCAACUUGUUCAUAAACUCGUGACUCAAACGACAGGACCAACGCUUGUCGUUAUGCAUGUCGUUCUGUUUUGCAAUUUUACCGUAUUGGCAAAUUGGGACACGCUGGAUAUCUCAACGUUGGUUAUUCUUGCUCUCUAUGCUAUUUCGCAUCAAUUAAUGUGGGCCGCAACGCUCCAAGCUACUGGAAUGCUUCAUUUCGCAUCGGUUAAAACUUUAGAGUCCUGGAAGGCAGUGGUUGGGAGGGAUAAAAUUGAAACGAAUGUGUUUCAAAAAUUUAGGAAAUCCAUGAAACCGUUGUCCAUUGGGAUGGAAGGGGUGAAGACAUUUAAUCGGUUGUCCGCUCCCAAAUUUAAGAAGGACAUUAGCGUCGGUACAUUCAGAGCUCUCCUUACCUUGUCAAAAAAUAGGGGUGACAGAAAGAAUAUGUAGAUGUUCAAUGACACAAUGAGUUUAAAUUACAUAUUGAUGUACGUGUUUUAUAAAAAAUAAAGAUUCUUAAUCAA